AUGGCAGUGCCGCGGAAACGGCGUUGUAGCUCCUUGGAGCUGGGCGAGGCAGUCUCGAAGAGAUUUCGCCGUGCCCAUCAGCUGCUGCAAGCGGCCAUUGAGCCCCCCCCUCCACGAGGGCAGGAGGAGGAAGGUGCGAUGCUGGAGGUGCUACCUGCAAAAUGGCCUGGCUGUGCUGCGCGGCUUCUGUCCCUGCGCGCGGCGUCCAGGACUCUAGCGCCCAGUGAGGACAUUCCCCCCGGGACAAUAGCAGGAGCUUUGAUGCAGCCGCUUGCUCCAUGCCCGACGCAGUCUCUUCGAAUUCCGCCACCUGGCACUUUGCAGUGGGAUAUCCCCUACUCCAAGCGAGCAGCUUUUGCUUAUGGCAAGGACAUGCGAGAUGGAUGGCUAAGAUCUCGACCUCGAUACCUGGGAUAUGCUGAGUAUGCAAGCUGGCUUUCCUCCGCAGUGCCAGAUGCCGAGCUUCGGCCACCCUCGCAGAAGGAGGAGGCGGAGGCAUCAGGGCUCGAACUCUUGCGACUCCUAGCAGCGCUGAAGAUGCCAAAGAAGAAGCGUCGCGUGCCGCCGAUCUCACCAGAGGAGGAGAAGUUGGCGGAGGACGCCUUGUUUGGACAAGGCAGUGGAGACGAGGUCGUCGCCUCACGCUUCAGUGUGGAGGUGACCCGAAGGCAACUAGAAUGCCUUCGGCCGGGAGAGUGGCUGAAUGACGAAGUCAUCAACUUCUACUACAAGUUGCUGCAGGAACGGAGCAAAACAGUGGCAUCAUCGCCAAAGAGCUGGUUCACCAACUCGUUCUUCUGGCCCAAGCUCAGUGGCAACAACAAGGAAUACAACUACAAAGAAGUGAGGAGGUGGACAAUAAAGGCAAAGGUGGACAUCUUCGAAAUGGAUUACGUCAUAUUCCCGAUGAACAUUGCCGACACUCAUUGGUCGAUGGGGGCUAUCGACAUGAGGGAAAAAGGUUUUCGCUACUUCGACUCGAUGUUCAGCAAUCCGCCGUCCAACUUCGUGGCUUUCCUCCGCCGCUAUCUGGCUGACGAGCACAAGGCCAAGAAGAGCAAAGAUCUCCAAGGGGUGGACGACUGGAAGCUUUUGAUCCCUGAGCCUCCGGUGCCGCAACAGCGUAAUGGGUACGACUGUGGCGUUUUCACCUGCUUCUUUGCAGACUGCUUGUCUGCCGGGAAGUCGUUGGGAUUCGACCAGGAAGACAUGCCGACCCUGCGGAAGAGGAUCGCUGCGCGCAUCAUGAAGGCAGAUGAGAAGAACUUCCUCUGCUUGAUCUUACAGCUUGAGAUGCAUCCUGUGGAUCCCGACGUAUUGGCUGAAAAGCUGCAGCGCUUGGAGGCACUGGUGCACAAUGCUCCCGAGGUUGCAGGCUUGCGGAAGAAGGAAAAGAAGGCCGAGGCGACUCAACUUCGGAUCGAGCUUAGCAGCCAGCUCUUGGUGCCCAAGGAUGGCUCUCAGAGGGAACUCGCCAGCAGUCUCCAAAAAGUUUGCGAAGUGAUGGAUCGCAUGUGCAAGCAGUCCAGGAAGAAGACCGAAGGCAGUCCGGCGCCGAGCCCUGGCUGGAGUCCUGCGGCGAGUCCGAACGAGAGUCCGGCGGUUAGCCGCCGUGGAAGUCUCGGAAGCGAGGAGGACCCCGCGAAAGCGAACCAAGCCAUCCGUCAAAGCACGACCGGCCUGGGAAUCAGGCGAUACCUGUCUAGUUUCCUUUCACGCAGGAACUCCGAGCCGACGCAAGAGCCCUUCGUGCUCCAGGUUCAUGAGGGUCUGGCAAGAUCUGGGACUGCCAUGCACCUGAUCCCGGCCAGCGGCUUCCAAGCGAUAGCUGUGCUGUUGGGAGUCGUCGGCUGGCAAUGCUUGGCCGCAGCCUCAAGUGUGGUAGCGGCGAACACGCGAAGUCUUCGCGCAGAUGCUGAGCCAGAAUCUCCCAGAGAGCUCUCGGCACAGAGUCCGGCAGCAGACAGAGUGCCGUUCUACCUCACUGCCCGACACAGCUAUCCUUACCCCGCCUGGUCCGCAUGGCACGGACAUAAGCAGCUCCAGUCCGAGUCGCUCGCCGCAUUGCAUGAUGUGGAGCAGAACCAGUCUACAUGGAUCCUGCCGCACAAGCUUAGGACCUCUGUAAGGAAUCACGACAGCAUCCUGCUGGAGGUGGAGGAACAGCAGUUCUUAGUCACUGUUCUGGGGCGAUGGAGUCGAUUCAUUCAAGUCAUGGACCUGUCCACGGGUCAGCAGUGGUCGAAGCGGACCCGUGCCUCAGACCCAGAAGGCGACCCACUUGACAACUUGAACCAUGUUUACACGGUGCUUGUUGACAAGCUGGGUGGUGCUGGCAAGGAGGUGUGGCUCCCGUGCGGCUUUCGAGGCGACCAGGUCAACCGGGAGUAUUCCAUCAAGUAUAUGCGGAUCUUGGAUUUGGAGACCCUCGAACUGCGAACGGGCCCAAAGCUGCCCUUUGCCGGCGGAGCCUGCACUGCGGAGGCUCUGGAGAUAAUUCCGGAUGAGCCGCCCAUGAUUUGCAGCUUCGGUGGAACGGAUGGCCACCAUAAUUCAGGCAUCUUCCAGCCAUAUGCUACGUGCUACGACCGCCUGCGUGAGCGAUUCUGGUUCCCUUUCGGGAAGAUGCCAUACGGCAUGGAUCAUGCUAGCAUCGUGGUAACUCCAGCUGGGGCCUGUGGUGAGCAGAAUCGGUCUGUGAUCAUUUUGAACUACCGCAUAGUUCCUUAUGGCAGCCAGCGUCCAGAAAUGCUGGCUCACGAUCUGCCAGAAGACGGGUGGACAGCAGAGGAGCUGUCUCAAAUAUCCAUGGAGGAUCCAGGAGAAUGGUACAUCUACCACAACGCUUCGUUCACGCCAGCUGAUCCUUGCAAUUCGCCUCGUGAUGCGAGUGGGAUGGCCACCGCCAAUGGUGGCAGGUUGAUGUUGAACUUCGGUGGCAUAUACUACACGCACGACAAAAACGGACACCCUGUCGGACACCGCUUCAGUGCCAUCCGUAGUUUCGAUAUCUGCGACAAGAGCUGGACAAUCGAGGGAGACCUCGGAAUGGAUACUUUCGCAUUGCAAACAGCGGCCAGCCAGAAGCUUCAAAUUGCAGUGACCUGCGGGGGCGAGUCGGUGGAGAGGUUCUUAAAUCGGAACGGAAAUCAGCCGUGGUGCAUUGUUCACCGUCCACGACACGACCUUGUUUUGGCCAAUCGUCAUGGCGAAGCCGCCACCCACGGAUUUCCUUCAGGGUUCGUGCCCGGCAAGGUGCAGGCUGCCAGCAAGUCAAGCAUUCUCGCCCCUGUCCCGACCACGACCACUGCGACCACUACGACCACUACGACCACUACGACGACGACACCCGCGACACCCACUACACCCACGACCACGACCCCCACGACCUCGACGACAGCAGAUGGCAACACCACGACCACGGAGGAUGCAGGCGACCACGCAGACGAUGGGAAGCUGCCGAGCUCGGCCAUCGCUGGCACUGUCUCUUCCGCCGUGCUUGGACUCGCCGCGAUUCAGCUUUUGCCUUUGCUCAUGGGGUGA